AUGGCUUCUUCGAUGCUCUCAACUGCUACUGUGGCUAGCAUUAACAGGGCCAGCCCUGCUCAGGCCACCAUGGUUGCUCCAUUCACUGGCCUCAAGUCCACCGCUGGCUUCCCCGCCCGCAAAACCACCAACGACAUAACCUCUAUUGCCAGCAACGGCGGCAGAGUCCAAUGCAUGAAGGUGUGGCCUACACAAGGAUUGAAGAAGUUUGAGACUCUCUCAUACCUUCCACCACUCACCAGGGAGCAAUUGGCUAAGGAAGUUGAAUACCUUCUCCGCAGUGGAUGGGUUCCUUGCUUGGAAUUCGAGUUGGAGCACGGAUUUGUGUACCGUGAGAACAACAGAUCACCAGGAUACUACGAUGGACGCUACUGGACAAUGUGGAAGCUGCCCAUGUUUGGAUGCACAGACGCAGUUCAGGUCUUGAACGAGCUUGAUGAGGCAAUUAAGGCUCACCCAAAUGGCUUCGUUAGGAUCAUUGGAUUCGACAGUUAUCGCCAAGUGCAAUGCAUUAGUUUCAUUGCCUACAAGCCUAAGGGCCUCUAA